AUGUAUUUGGUAAUUAAUUGCAGACACCCGCACAUCGAAUGAUCAACGCCUCGGACAAUUCUCCGCUUGAGGUCGAGGAGACGCGAAGAUGACUAUUAAAUACAAUGACUCGACCUGUCCCCGGCCGAGUAUAAGAACAACAACUCAUCUCCUACCCUUCUCUCUGCCAUUCGCAUACUCCAAUUGCUCUGGCUUCGUUCCUGAUCCCCUCUUCCCAACCUCUGGUGACUCCUCCGCCGUAGAUCCGAAACCCUCCCAACCUUAUCGCCGCGUCCACACUCAAACCUCGAUUCUGAACAGCUUCCCCAACUUCCACCCCAGUCCGACUCUCCACCUCAACCAUGAGCUCUGCACUCCCCCCCCUCCUCCGUCGCCCUCAAUCCGCCCUAGCGCGUUCCUUCUCCCGCACGCAAGCCCGACAGAAGACCACUUUCCAAUGGCAGGAUCCGCUGCUUCUCAAGGAACUCCUCAACGAGGAAGAACAGGCUAUUUCCGAGGCGGCUCACAAGUACUGCCAGGGAUCUUUGCUGCCCCGCGUGAUCGAGGCGUACCGGAAUGAGAACUUUGACCGCAAGAUCAUGCUUGAAAUGGGCGAGCUCGGAUUCUUGGGCCCGACCGUUACUGGAUACGGGUGCGCGGGCGUCGGCUCGGUCGCUUAUGGUCUCAUUGCCCGAGAAGUAGAGAGAAUUGACUCUGGAUACCGGUCGGCCAUGAGUGUACAGUCCAGUCUUGUGAUGCACCCGAUCGAGAUAUUCGGCACUGAAGAGCAGAAAGAGCGCUUUCUUCCUCGCCUGGCUACUGGCGAACUAAUUGGCUGCUUUGGCCUCACCGAGCCAAACCACGGAUCCGAUCCCGGCUCAAUGGAAACCACUGCUCGUCCGCAUCCGACGAAAGAAGGCGUCUACGUGCUCAACGGCGCGAAGAACUGGAUCACAAACUCGCCGAUCGCCGACGUUCUGCUAGUCUGGGCCAAGCUCGACGGCGUCAUCCGCGGCUUCCUCGUCGAGCGCGAGAAAGCCGGACCGGGACUCGCGACCCCGGCGAUUAAGGGAAAGACUGCCUUGCGCGCGAGUAUCACCGGCAUGAUUAACAUGGACGAGGUUGAAGUGCCCAAGGAGAACUUGUUCCCUGAUAUCACGGGCCUCAAGGGUCCUUUCUCGUGCCUUAACAGUGCGCGGUAUGGAAUUGCCUGGGGUGCGAUCGGAGCCCUCGAAGGCGCGCUCGAUCUAGCGCGCACGUAUGCACUUGAUCGCAAGCAGUUCCAGGGAAACCCGCUGGCUAAGUACCAGCUGAUACAGAAGAAACUGGCGGACGCGUUGACGGAUAUCGGGUAUGGCCUCGUGGCUUGUGUUCAGGUUGGAAGAUUGAAAGAUAAAGAUCUGGCGGCGCCGGAGAUGAUUGGUAUGAUCAAACGGCAUAACUCGGAUCGUGCUUUGGAAAACACCAGAAAGCUUAUGGAGAUCUUUGGCGGAAACGCCGCAAGUGACGAGUAUCAUAUCGGCCGUAUUGCCGCUAAUCUUUUCGUCGUCCAGACAUAUGAGGGACAGAGUGAUAUUCAUGCACUGGCUCUCGGUAGGCAGAUCACCGGCGUCAAUGCAUUCUACUAGAGUUGUGCUCAUCGACUAAAACAAAAAACGCUCGGGAUGAAAUGCAGAGUCUUUGGAUAGGAAGUAUCUCUUGGAAGGAACCAUCAAUCAAAAUUUUGUUCUGGAGAUCUACAAUGACUAGAAAACUGGUUUAAAUGGAUAUAUAGUAAUAAUAACGAUAUCUCUGGUAUUGAACAGGGGGCUAGUGAGCCAGAAACCAAUUAGGGUAUUUAUAACCAAGAAUAUAAUAACCACCUUUCCUGCCGCGCAAAUGUGGUAUGAUAAAAGAUCACCACGUUAAAGAAUACUUUUCAGACCGGCCAAAUCUCUCUCCCGCUACUAAUUAUACAGCACAGAGAAACUCUGCAGCAGAUUAGCAAUCACAGUGUCGAUCUCG